GUCCCACCCAAAAUCUGUUCGUAAGAGCGGAAGUAUUGGCCGGAAGUCAGCCAUAGAGUUUAGUGGCCAGAGCGACCCUGCAGGGAGGUGGCAGGAAAAGCUCAGAGCAGCUGCCGGAGGUGACGGCGCCUCGGCCCCGCCCGGCGCGCUGGAAGAGGAAGCUUCCAGGUUAGCUGCCCGCAGAGUCUGACCCAGGUUCCAGACAUCCUGAGCCCUGGUCCCCCCAACCAAGAGAAGCCAUGAGUGCGGAGGUGAAGGUGACAGGGCAGAACCAGGAGCAAUUUUUGCUCCUGGCCAAGUCAGCCAAGGGGGCUGCACUGGCCACACUCAUCCACCAAGUGCUGGAGGCCCCUGGUGUCUACGUGUUUGGGGAACUGCUGGAUAUGCCGAAUGUUAGAGAGCUGGCUGAGAGUGAUUUCGCUUCCACGUUCCGGCUGCUCACGGUGUUUGCUUACGGGACAUACGCAGACUACUUAGCGGAGGCCCGGAAUCUCCCCCCACUCACGGAGGCUCAGAAAAAUAAACUUCGACACUUAUCGGUUGUCACCCUGGCUGCCAAAGUCAAGUGUAUUCCAUAUGCAGUGUUGCUGGAGGCCCUUGCCCUUCGGAACGUGCGGCAGCUGGAAGACCUGGUCAUCGAGGCUGUGUACGCUGACGUGCUCCGCGGCUCUCUGGACCAGCGCAACCAGCGUCUGGAGGUCGACUACAGUAUCGGACGGGACAUCCAGCGCCAGGACCUCAGUGCCAUUGCACGGACCCUGCAGGAGUGGUGUGUGGGCUGUGAGGUGGUGCUGUCAGGCAUUGAGGAGCAGGUGAGCCGUGCCAACCAGCACAAGGAGCAGCAGCUGGGCCUGAAGCAGCAGAUUGAGAGUGAGGUCGCCAAUCUUAAAAAAACCAUUAAAGUUACCACAGCAGCCGCCGCUGCAGCCACAUCUCAGGACCCUGAGCAACACCUGACUGAGCUGAGGGAACCAGCCCCUGGCACCAACCAACGCCAGCCCAGCAAGAAAGCCUCAAAGGGCAAGGGGCUCCGGGGGAGUGCCAAGAUUUGGUCCAAGUCGAACUGAAAGGACUGUCGUUGCUUCCCUGGGGAUGUGGGAUCCAUCUGCCUGCCGGCCCUUAGGACUCCUCAGAGAGCCUUCCUGUGCCCCUGGCCAGCUGAUAACCCUAGGCUCAUGACCGUCUCCUCCCACCAUUUCGCCCCCACCCCCAAACAGAGGUCACACUUUCCCCAGGCAGGAGUUGAGCCCAAGUCACAUUUUUGUAGGCACCUUUUGUUUGUGACUUUCUUCUGUGUCCCGUUGUCCCCCCACCGCCAUGCUCUCGCCUGUUUCUUUAAGAGCCGCCAUGGAGCCCUGUGUGUUGUAUGUCGUGGCGCGGGUGGGGCUGCUUCAGCACCAGCAUAACUCACGGGUGUUCCUUCUCAGCGGCCCCUACCCCUGCAUGCCAGUCCCCACCCUUUCCCCGCCCCCAGCCUGUUUGGAGCAUCAGAGGAGCCACCCAGCUCCACCUUUAUUCCCACUGAGCGUGCUGGGAGGCAGUGUGCUGUCGAGGGAGCCAGGAGUCACUGGCCACUUUCGCCCCAGGAGCUAACACUAUGAUGGUUUCCUCUUCUCCCUUCACUCCUGGGAAGGCUGCUGCUUCAACCACCCCAGGGCCCACGAAGGGUAGCUGUUUCUUGAGAUGUUGAGAGCUGGUUCUUCCUGGGCGCUGGCUACCUUGGAAAUCUUCACUAUCUUAGUGGCAGUCCUGAAGGAUUUAUACUUCCUUUUGUGAGUUUGGUGGGGAAGGGUAGGGGAAAUAGAUUGUAUUGAAAUAAAACUAUAUAUAUCUAUAUAUCUAUAUCUAUAUAUAACAUUACGCAGAAAUAAAUCUAUGAGAAACCUG